CCACCGCCCUCCCCAAAGUUGCCGACUCCCCUGGGGCCGGACGGUCUUAUGAUCCGGCGGAUCCUCUUGGGGAGGCCGGGCCGGGGAGCGGGUUCGGGCGCCGAGCGGCAGGGCCAGCAGGCAGGCGCGGCGAUCGGGGCCAGGGCGGGGAGCGGGGCAGCGAUCGAAGCGGCGGCGGCUGCUCCCCGGGCCCGCCGCACCUUCCCCUCCGGUCAGGGGGACCGCUGCAUGGGGCCGGGGGGGCGGCCCUGCUGCGCCGAGCGGCGGCGACGGCGGAUCCCCCAGGCGGGCUGGGGCUGAGCCCGGAGCCGGGGCGGGGGCUCCGGGGGGACCAUGCCCCGAGGCCGGCCGGCCGCAGCAUGGCUCACGGGCCCGGCGCGCUGAUGCUCAAGUGCGUGGUGGUCGGCGACGGGGCGGUGGGCAAGACGUGCCUGCUCAUGAGCUAUGCCAACGACGCCUUUCCUGAGGAGUACGUGCCCACUGUCUUCGACCACUACGCUGUCAGCGUCACCGUGGGGGGCAAGCAGUACCUCUUGGGACUCUAUGACACAGCUGGACAGGAGGACUAUGAUCGUCUGAGGCCUUUAUCUUACCCCAUGACUGACGUCUUCCUCAUAUGCUUCUCUGUGGUAAAUCCAGCCUCAUUUCAAAAUGUAAAGGAGGAAUGGGUACCAGAGCUCAAGGAAUAUGCACCAAAUGUCCCCUUCUUAUUAAUAGGAACUCAGAUUGAUCUCCGAGAUGACCCCAAAACUUUAGCAAGACUGAAUGACAUGAAAGAAAAACCUGUAUGUGUGGAACAAGGACAGAAACUAGCAAAAGAGGAUUUUUGUGGAAGUACAAUCUAAUAAGGCCUUUUUUAAAUGUACUAUUAGGAGAUAGGAAGAAGCAAGAGAACUUUCUGGAGGACAGCUUUUUUUCAAAGGGAAGAGACAUGAUUUCACCAACAAAUCACUUCAGGAACUUCUUGUGUUGAUUUUAUAAUCUUGGAUAGAGGAGGAAUUUCUAAAUGUGCAAAAGCAAAAGUUAUAAAUGCAGGUUAUCUGGGUACAUAAAUAUGUGCUAUCACACUGGAUAUCAGAAAUAAAUCAGAUUGCUGUGUAGGGCAUUAACCAUAAAAUGAUUUAAUCAGAAGAGGGCAUAGACCCCAGCGGAAAAGUGCUAAGAACAUCCAUCCAAAGUCACCAAGUCUGAGGAAACCCCAAGGAGAAUGAAUAGAAAUUGUGCGUUCUAGCUAGGCAUAGGGGCUACACCUUUAAUUUCAGCACUCGGGGCAGAGGAAGGUGGAUCUCUGAGUUCGAGGCCAGCUGAUCUAUAGAGUAAGUUUGAGGACAGCCGGGGCUAUACAGGGAACUCUGUCUCAAAAAGUCAGAACAAGCAAACAAACAAAAGAAAUUGUGUAUUCUUACUGGGCAGGUCUAACAACCCAGUAGAAUAUGCUAAGUCCCCACCCUGCUUAUAGGAAACUUUUUAUUGGGGGAGAGAAGACAACUGUAAAGGAGUGAGCUGGAGCUUGAGUGCCAGAAGGUGAUGUGUAGUCUGAAACAGACUGGGAGAUAAAGCAGGCGGAGCUGCAGGCAACCCUGAGAAACAGUCAAGAAAACGACCAAGGGCUACACAGGGAUGGGUGCUCUCUCCCAUCCCCGGCCUUUUUUACUGCCCUAGAUAUGGAAGCAUCUCCCACAUCAGUCUGGGGUUGGGCUCUUCAGGAGCCCUUACUGUUCAGCCUUGACCAGUGAGAAGGCCCUCCUGAGUAUCACCUUUCUCCUGUUUCCCUCUGCUCUUUGUCCCAGCAAUCAACAGUGUCUAUUCCAUAUCCCUUUUCCUGCCACACAGCAGGACACCUUGUCAUGUUCCCAGCACCUAAGCAGUUGCUUAAUGUUAGCGAUUGCCUAAUAUUUGAUGAAUGAGUUUUCCAUAGAGAAACGUGGAAGGCCAUACACUAGUAUUUUAACAGCUGUCUCCCUCGAGUACUGUGAAUAUGCAUAAUGAGGUUCUUUUUAUAUAGCGAUAUUUUAUAACUACCCUUUUAAUGUGUAGUUACUGAGUGGUAUAAGACUUUUA